AUGGCAGACUCGCGGACCACCACGCUAUACGCUCUGGUCACUGCAGCAGCGGCGGCCGGAGCCGCAAGCACGGUGAUCAGCCACGGUGUCACCGAGCUGAUCGGCAACACACCAUUGAUCCGCAUCAACAGCCUCUCCGACCACACCGGCUGCGAGAUCCUGGGCAAAGCCGAGUUCCUCAACCCGGGCGGCAGCUCCAAAGACCGCAUCGCCCUCUACCUCAUCGAGCAAGCGGAGCUCCGGGGCGAACUGCACCCAAAUGCAAACAACUGCAUAUUCGAGGGCACGUCGGGAUCAACGGGGAUUUCUCUGGCAAUGGUUGCGCGCGCCAAGGGGUAUCUCUGCCACAUAGUGAUGCCAAGCGACCAAGCAGUGGAGAAGUCGCAGCUUUUGCAACGCUACGGCGCCACAGUUGAGCGCGUGCCGCCGUGCUCAAUAGUCGAUAAGGGGCAUUUCGUCAAUGUCGCAAGGCAGCGGGCGGCAGAGCACGCCGGCGGGGCGUAUUUUGUGGACCAGUUUGAGAAUUUGUUGAAUGCGCAGGCGCAUUACGAGUGGACGGGGCCGGAGAUCUGGGCGCAGGUUAGGGGACGGAUGGACGCUUUUGUGCAUGGGUCGGGGACUGGCGGGACGAUUGCGGGCGUGGCGCGGUAUUUGAAGGAGCAGAACCCGCGGGUGCGCUGUUAUUUGGCUGAUCCGCAGGGGUCCGGGCUGGCUAAUAAGGUGAACCACGGGGUGAUGUUUGCAGACUCUGAGCGGGAGGGAACGAGGCGGCGCCAGCAGGUGGAUACGCUGGUGGAGGGUGUUGGGCUGAACCGCAUGACGAGGAACUUUGCGCGGCUCGUGGCGGACGCGGAUGCUGUGCGGAUGGCGCGGUGGCUGGUGGCUGAGGAUGGGCUUUUUGUCGGCAGCUCGGCGGCGAUUAAUUGUGUAGCGGCCGUGCGUGUUGCUAAGAUGCUUGGGCCCGGGCACACGGUGGUGACGGUGCUGGCGGACGGCGGCCAGCGCCAUUUGACAAAGUUUUGGAGCGAUGAGGCGAUGACCGGCUUGGGCCAUGAUGUGCAGGCGCCGGCGUCGCUGGACGAGUUUCUGGGGUGAGAGCUGGGUUGGCUUGGGUUGGCUUGGGUUGGCUUGGAUUGGGGCCGGGUUGGCUUGGAUUGGGGCCGGGUUGGAUCGGCUGCUGCAGAGGGAAUUAGCCGGGUUGGGCUGGGUUGUGGAAGCAAAGCCGAGCGGAACGAUCGACGAGCAAAAAGGGGUUUUCCAUUGCUUUCCUCGCAAAAAGGAAGCCAAAGUGGCUUUUUCCCCAUUGCUUUCCUCCCUCCCAAAAGGAAAAUCGAAAUGAGGAAGGAGGAAGAGCACAUUCAACGGGUCUUAAUCAUCUAAUCAUCUAUUCGCCUAUUCAUUCCC